AUGUUGCCCACCACAAUUCACGCGUCGCCGUCUCUGGCCGACUUCACACCCCUCUCAGAGUACCAAUCUACGACUCCAGAAUCUUUCCACGGCGGAAAGCCCGUCCUCCACUACCACGCGACGGGCGCGAAAGUGUGGCUCCCAAAAGACCAACAAACUACACUUCCCAUCUUUCCUGCUGACUCUCCGGUUUCUGAUGGAGAUUCGGGUGAGAUUAUCUCGCAAGAUGACGUUGAGCUGGCAUUCACCAUUUUCAACCACAAGUCGGGCUCUGGCGUACAGAUACCCUUCCCUUCGAUAGCGCUGCACGCAAUGCAACACAAGGCGGAGCCUGUCUCUACCAGCAACGGAAGCAGCGAGAGCGAGCCAUCCAAAACCCCAUGUAUCCUCCUGCAACUGGACUUGUCCGACGGUGGUGCGGACGACGAGACUUUCGAUACCGUGCAACUCACUAUCAUCCCACCAAACACGUCCACCGAUCUCUCUUCUGCUGCAGAGGAAGGCUCGAGCCCCAGAUCUGAGCAAGAAAAGCUGUUCGAUGCCAUAACCGCUUGUCAGAAUCUCCACCCCGAUCCGGAGGAGGAAGACGACGAGGAGGACGGCGAGGACUACGCCGACAGAAUCAUCUUUGAGAGCAAUGUGGAUGGUAGCGGUGAGGCUAUCGAGGGUCUUCCAGGAGCGUUUAGAGGGAGUGCGAGCGGGGGGCUGCCCCCUCCCAUGCCUGGCAGCAGCGGGUGGAUCACGGCGGAGAAUGUCAACGACUUCUUUGAUGAAGAUGGAAAUUGGAUUGGCGGUGGGGCUGAGAAUGGAGACGAAGAUGGUGAAGAGCUAGGAGAUGGUGCUGGCAGGGUCAGGAGCCGGGAUCAUGACGGUGUCGACGAGGGCGAAAACAAGCGUCUGCGUACGGAGUGA